AUGCUCGCCGCGGCGAGGAGCAAGGCGGCCCUGCUGGCCGGGCGCAGCGCCUCCGCGCGGUCGCUCGUCUCGGCCAUCGGCCACCGUGCGUCCGUGCACUCGCGGAGGAUCACAUCCGCGACGGUCCCGCGAGCGAUCCCCUCCAGUGCGUCGGUGCAGCAGGCCGACCAGCUGCGCCAGGAGGGCAAGCUCUACCUCGACGUGCGCACGAAGGAGGAGUUCGCCGCCGCGCACGUCCCCGACUCCAUCAACGUCCCCGUCUUCGUGGCCACGCCCCCGCAGGGCAUGGCGCCCAACCCUACCUUCGUACAGGACGUCGAAGCCGCGAUCCCCGACAAGACGAGCGAGGUGCUCGUGGGCUGCGCCGCGGGGAAGCGCUCCGCCGUCGCCGUGUCGCAGCUGAAGGCCGCGGGGUACGCCAACCUGUGCGACGUCGAGGGGGGGUUCAACAGCUGGGUGGGCGCGGGGCUGCCCGUGACCAAGUGA